AUCAAAAACUUGUGUUGCACAGUCCAUUUCUACACCUCUGUUAAUUUCUUUCGGGAGGUUGCCUCGUCCCUCAUACCAGUUGUUACUGUGCCGCCGUCUCCGGUCAUCAUGGCGGAGCACCAGUCACCAGCCACCACUGUGACACCAUAAAACCAGUCCAGGUUCUUGAUCAAAAGAACCUAACAUUUGGUCCGACCUGCUGGAUCAAGAAGGGGAAGAAUCAGCUAUGGGUAGCCACACGGAGGGAAGAUUAGACAAUCUUGAGAUUACGGUGGAGGGGAUUAAGGAGGAGACGGCUGGAAUCCGACGCGACCUACAUCAAAUGAUGAGGUUGAUGGGUGAAGGUCAGAAUAAUCAGGGGGUGGUUCUGAGGGGAGUAGCAGCUCUGUGAAUGAUAACCCCGAAAGAGGCGACAAUGGGGGAAUACCACAGAUUUUGCGGAAAAGGGUGGAAUUGCCAUCGUUUGAAGGGGUGGAGCCGCAUAGUUGGAUUAACAGAGCGGAACGGUUCUUUGACGUCCAGAAGGUGGCUGAGGAGGAUAAGGUUGAACUUGCCUACAUUAGCAUGGAAGGGAGCGCGAGUUAUUGGUUCAAAUAUUGGAAAGAAAAAACCAAGAACCGUUCUUGGUCGGGCUUGAAGGCUGGUUUGAUUAAUCGCUUCGGAGGUGGUUUCAGGGGGACCGUAUACGAACAGAUCGCAACGCUGCGACAAGAUGGGACGGUGGACGAAUUUGUGAGGAGUUUUGAGAUACUUUUGGGUCUGGGCUAUCGGAGGAGCUGAUAUUGGGAUUCUUCCUAGCUGGGUUACGAGAAGAGAUUAAAGGCAAAGUACGAAUCCAAGAUCCUCAGAAGUUGAGGGUGGCCAUGCACGUCGGAGGACGCGAUUUUUCGCUCGAAGGGAUGCAACGGGAAUGGGUUCAAGAUUAACCAGCCUGGAUCACGAUUGAUGGGGGCAGUGGUGCGAUCCGAGCCUACUAGACCCACGACGAACCAGCACGGAGGAGCGGAGAGUGUGGUGUCGAUACUGCAAGAAGUAGUCGCAACCAAACCAGCGGCAAGGAUAAACACUGUGGGGGGAAGCGAUAACAGAGGGAGAACGACAAGGAUAAACCUUCCUUACCCAGAAGUCCUUAAGAGGAGAGAAGAGGGCCGCUGUCUCCGUUGUGGAGGUCCGUUCGCUCCUGGCCACCAUUGCUCGGAGAGAAGUUUGGGCGUCCUACUGCUGACGGAGGACGAGGAGGAAGCUGUGAAUGACGAAGUGGGGAACUCGAGUUGAAAACCAUGGAACUGUCUGCAUGUUCAAUGGAAGGGAUGACACCACCCAAAACGAUGAAGCUAGUGGGAUGGGUCGGAGGAAGAAGAGUGGUGGCGCUCAUUGAUAGUGGCGCCAGCCAUAAUUUCAUCAGCAAGGAUUUGGCCGAGGACGUGAAGCUACCUGUGAUAGAGACGUCGAGCUUGGGGGAUGGACCGAAGAAGGUUACUCAGGGACCGUGCGAUAAGAUUCAGCUUAGUUUGGGGAAAGCUACGGUGCUGGAGGAUUUUUACUUGUUCGAUUUAGAUGGAGUUGAUAUCAUUUUGGAUACAGCCUGGUUGGCUAAAUUGGGAGAGGUGGUUAUUAACUUGACGGAAAUAACCACGAGUUAUUAUUUAGCGGGCAAAAUGGUGAAAGUGAGAGGAGACCAUGCAUUGUCCAGAAAAUUGGUGGAGCCAAAAACUCUCUUGGCAAAUUCUGAAACGUGGACUUUGUUGUGGGAUUUAGACUUAGUGGAGAAGCAUGCGCACAGUGAGUGGCCUGAUGAUUUGGUGGAACGGUGAGUGGGAUGGGGAUGUGAUGGAGGCGCAGAAAGCUGAAUUAGAAGCAGUGCUGCAGCCGCACUAACGGGUAUUUCAAGAGAUACCCGGAUUGCCUCUGCCACCUAAUAAAUAACACCGUAUCCCACUUAAGAAAGGGUGGAUCCUAUAAAUGUGUCACCAUACUCGUAUCCUCAUCUUUUGAAGGGAGAUUGAAGGGCAAGCAGCGGACUUGGGAAGACAGGAAACUCAACCUUGAGGACAAGGUUGUUGAAGGAGAGGGAGUAUUGAUAGGAGUUUGUCUUGACAGUUAGGAAAAGUGGGUAAGGGGUUGUAUAAAAGGGGAUUGGGUUUAAUUGUUAGAGUGAGUUUUUGAAGUCUUAUUGAUUGUGCGGGNACUCUUNGAGUUCU